GGUAGCCAGCCAAAAGUAACGGUCAUUUUCCUUCGACUUCUCGCACACGAGGUGACCAGUUUGGAAGAUAAAUCAACACGUAAAUCAAGAUGACGGACGCUAAUAAUAAACCACCGACUGAAUUGGAUACUUUCCUACCCCAAGAUGAAACUAAUAUAAUAAAAGAUGGUGUUCUACCUGCAAAGUAUAAAGUACAAGUCGCACCAAAAGACAUUGAAAGUGGAGAAGGAAAGGUUUUUAAUCCUUUCACCGAACGUAAAGUUGAUAAUCCAACAACGGAUUGUGAUACAUUGACACAUUUAUUGAAAGCUUCCCUUGGAACAGGUAUAUUGGCUAUGCCUGUUGCUUUUAAAAAUGCUGGUCUUUUAGUUGGAGUAUUUGCAACGAUUUUUGUUGCCUUUAUAUGUACACACUGCGCAUACAUCUUAGUCAAAUGCGCGCACGUUCUUUACCACAAAACGCGGAGGACAGAAAUGGAUUUUGCUGAUGUAGCAGAAAUAGCAUUUUCUAUGGGACCACGAUGGGCAACUAAACUUGCGAAACCAUCUAGAUAUAUCAUACAAAUAAGUUUAUUCGCAACAUAUUUCGGCACGUGCAGUGUCUACGCGGUCAUUGUCGCUGCCAAUUUUGAAAAAGUGAUUAAACAUUAUAAUGAAAGUGCACCCGAGGAUACUAUUAUACGCGAAAUUACGGCUUGCCUAUUAAUACCGCUGAUACUACUCAGUUGGAUACCUAAUUUAAAGUAUCUUGCGCCAGUUUCCAUGAUAGCUAAUAUAUUUAUGGGUACUGGCUUAGGAAUAACAUUUUAUUAUUUAGUUUGGGAUCUUCCACCGAUUGGUACUUUACCACUAGCAGCACCUAUUCAAGAUUUUCCUCAUUUCUUUAGCAUUACAGUCUUUGCUAUGGAAGCUAUAGGUGUAAUUAUGCCAUUGGAGAAUAAUAUGAAAACCCCGCAACAUAUUAUAGGAAUUUGUGGCGUUCUCAAUAAAGGAAUGUCUGGUGUAACUCUCAUAUAUAUUCUUCUUGGAUUUUUAGGGUAUAUCAAAUAUCAAGAUGCAACGUUUGAUAGCAUUACUUUGAAUUUACCCACGGAAGAAAUUCCGGCUCAAGUCGUUCAAAUUCUAAUUGGCUUGGCAGUUUAUUGUACAUUUGGAUUACAAUUUUAUGUAUGCUUAGAUAUCGCAUGGACUGGAAUUAAAGAUCGUUUUCAAAAGAAACCUCUUAUAGCAAACUAUGUUUUAAGAACAACUAUGGUUAUUGGAGCAGUAUUACUCGCAGUUGCUGUGCCAAAUAUUGGACCUUUCAUUAGUUUAAUAGGAGCAUUUUGUUUUUCCAUAUUGGGACUUUUUAUGCCUGCGCUCAUUGAAAUUGUUACCUAUUGGGAUACUGGUUUUGGACCAGGCAAAUGGGUAGCAGUGAAAAAUAUCAUUAUAUGCAUAAUUAGCAUAAUAGCCUUAGUAUUUGGAUCGCGUAGUGCUAUAAUGAAAAUUGUAGGCUUGGAUAGUUGAUUGAAUCUAGAAAUCAUUGAUAAUAUAGCUUUUCUAUCAUUCUGUGCAUUCAGAAUUUUAGAACAAUCAAAAUUGAUACGUGCAUAGGAAAAUUUUGUUAAAUAACACAUUUGAUAAAUCAUCGAACAUAAUUCAUAUUUGUAUGUAUUAUUAUAGUGAAUCAAAUGAAAAAAGAUAAUAAAUUGUUAAUAUUUUCAUAUCAACUUUUUCUACAAUAUGUGUAA